AUGGGAGUUCCAGAGAUCGAAAAGACUACGGUCGCCGACUCACCUCGGAGCAAGUCGCCAUCUUCCGUCGCCGCGCGAGAGGUCCAGCCAACUGUUGUUGAACUCGUGCAAGAAGAACCGAAGCUCACAUGGCGGUCAUAUGUCUGGGAUACAUUAGACAAGUCACCUGAAGAACGCAAGUUCAUGUUCAAACUGGAUGCUGUAAUUCUCACAUUUGCAAGUCUGGGAUACUUCAUCAAGAACCUUGAUCAGAUUAACAUCAACAAUGCCUUUGUGUCUAGCAUGAAAGAAGACAUGAAGCUCUUUGGUAACGAGCUCAAUUACAUGCAAGCCUGCUGGACCGUUGGAUAUGUCAUUGGCGAAAUUCCGAGCUUAAGCUAA